AUGUUGCCUUCCCUCACGACAGGCGCCACCAAUGAAAUAUGGGCCGUCAAAACUUCUUCGUUUCUCGAAAGCCCUCGCUAUGUCAUCAUUUGCUUUCAAACGGAUCACGAUCUGACUGAAGUUGAUACUGAUCCUACAAUUUUCAAUCAUGCCAACAUAACGAAUAUCACAUCAACUCUCAACGGGGAAAGUUAUCCAAAGGAGAAGAUGCAAUUGGCCUUCGAUAAAGGAGCUUUUCCACAGGCGUACUUCAACUUUACACAAUUCGGAUACAGCUAUAAAAACACCUCGCUACACACUCCGCUCCUGGGUUACCUCGAAUUCGCCAAUAAACAGCCUCUUUUCGUUAUCGAUUGUUCGCGACGAGACGAAAGUGUCAAAAGUUCCACUGUCGAUGUCAAACUUGAAAUCGAAGCAUCCCAAGGAUUUCCCGCCAACACUCGAGAUUAUUGCAUCAUCGUUCACGAUAACAUCAUUGAGCACCUCCCACUCAGUGAAAUUAUCAAAAAGUGGAAUUGA